UUCUACAGCUCCUUGCAGUUGUGUACAAGUAAGAACAGGUAGAUGUUGAUACGGGUUUUUUUUUGUCCGAUACCAUUACCAUUACGCAUUGAAUGGUUCCGGUACUAUUUGGUAACCUGAAUUUGAUCACAAGGGUUCUGCUCUUCCUGUUUUCCCUUAUGAUCAAACUCACGUCAUCAAAUACCGGAAGCAUACACGCAUACCUUUCAUGUCGAGAGUUAGAAGUGCCACCGGCUGAUCGUGAUCCACAUUUGCUGGAGAGAGACAAUACAACAGGAGCUGUAGGCGCCGGACUACACGGACUUGGUUUUCUGAGCUCUUUUACAACCCCAUCAGGUUGUAUCUUCAACAUAAGUCCAUCGAGUUUAUAUUUGUGUAGUACUGGUGGUGCUCGCAACAUGAAAAAAUCAUCAUCAACACCAAUCUCAUCAAUCUUUGUAGUGAUCUGGAACACGGCACUCACUCAGACAACAUCUUCCCCGAUUACUAGUUGAUCAUUCAACUACCUCCAAAAUGGUGAAGAAGCGCAUGAAGACCCAGACCGACCUGAAGGUUGCUGUCCUGGGCGACGAACAGACUGUUGUAGGCCUUGUCCUAGGUGGUAUGGGUAUGGUCGAUGGCCAAGGAAAGAAGAACUUCUGCGUGGUUUCUCCACAGACACGAACACAUGAGGUACUUGAAUCUUCAUAAUGUUCAUCUUGUCCUCCUUCUAAACUUCAUCCUUGUUGCAUUUAGAAUGAGUUAUCCAACAAUCCAUCCUCAGAUCUCGGAGACUUUCACCGAGUACACCCAGCGCAAGGAUUUGGCCGUCAUUUUGAUUUCCCAGACCGUCGCAAACCAGAUCCGUAACGUGGUGGAUGACUUCGCUCGAUCGGGACAAUUAUGGCCUCCAUACUUCAUGAAGUAUCUAGAAUUUUUAGUAUAAUUUGGGAUGAAGAACCCUUCUAACACAAGUCGUCCCCGCUGUGCUCGAGAUGCCAUCGAAGGAUGUGCCGUAUGACGCCAGAAAGGAUCCGAUUAUGCAGCGUGUGCAGAUGUUCUUCGGAAGUAAUCCGGUGAUGUAAACUGGCUGACGGUAGGCGCAGGUGCUUCGAGGAUCAUGUAACGAGUCGGUUGGCAACAUACUUUCUUUUUCUCACUUCAAACUUCGUAUUCUUUCUCCAAACCAUUGUUUUUUUAGCGUGAAUAUUACUCUUAGAUUGAUUGUGGAAAAUCUUCGUUAUGCCUAAGUGCUAGAUCUUGUAAUCACACAUCCCUUUCUAGGUAGUGUGGCGCUAGAACUGCUUAUGGUAUGACAUCAACUCAUGUGCCUAUAUGUCGAAGAUUUCCACAUGUACUAGGUCUAUUUUUGAUGGUCGUUGAUCGAAACAAGAAUUCUUUACACGAAAACAAAGGUAAAAAAUCGUUCUUUCUUCAUAAGCUCGUCGUUCACAUGAUAAAACAACGAAGUGUCAACAAAAUAGAAACAACGAAGUGUAGCUGAACCCGAAUUUUUGAAUUCUUUCAACAUGCGGCUGCGAUUCCUUCUCGCGACAUUUCUGCGCGACCAUUGGC